AUGGCAGAGCCAGCCCCAAACCCACCUUCUACUGGACUUAGUUCUGGACAAUUAGCCGCUGCAAUAGCAGUCCCCAUUACUGUCAUUAUUCUUAUUGGUGUAGCCGUCGGUCUCUAUUUCUACUUUCGUAAACGUCGGGCGAAGAUGGGUUCAUAUAAACCCAAUGAACUGGAAGUUAAGACCGGCAAAUCUGAAAGUCGAGGUACUCCAAAUUCCGUGCUAUUUUCUCAAAAGGAACGGCUAUUCUGA